AUGAUCGAAACGCUGAGGCAAAUGGCGUCCUCUGAGAGAAACCGGAAGUCCCGCCCACAGGCCAUGGCAACAAAGUGUAGACGCAGCCGCACCAAAUUCACAGAAGAGCAAUUGAAAAUCCUCAUCGAUGCAUUCAACAAAAAACCUUACCCGGGUUAUGCCGUCAAACAAAGACUUGCUUUGGAAGUCAACACUGAAGAGUCUAGGAUCCAGAUAUGGUUUCAGAAUCGAAGAGCUAGGCACAGGUUCCUGAAAAGACGUGAGAAGAACUUAGACUUAAGACAAGACCAAGCUUACCCUGAAGAGAACAUUCAAGGUGUGAGAGACAGACGAUGUCGUACCAGCUACACUUCUUCCCAAUUACAAACUCUCAUGAAUGCGUUCAUGGAAAACCCUUAUCCUGGGAUUGAUUCCAGAGAGCAACUUGCUGAAGAUAUUGGGGUUCCAGAGUCAAGAGUCCAGAUUUGGUUUCAAAACCGAAGAUCUAGACUCCAUAUCCAGAAAAAAAGAGAACCCGAAGAAGCUUCAGCCCAAAGACAAAACCAGGGACAAGAUCUCUGA